AUUCAGAAGCUGUGUGACCGCGUAGCUUCUUCCACUCUGCUGGAUGACCGGAGGGAUGCUGUACGUGCUCUUAAAUCAUUAUCCAAGAAAUACCGAUUGGAGGUGGGCAUACAGGCCAUGGAACAUCUCAUCCACGUUCUUCAGACAGACCGUUCAGAUUCUGAAAUAAUUGGCUAUGCCUUGGACACUCUCUACAAUGUAAUAUCGAAUGACCUAGAAGAGGAGGAGCAAGAUGAUUCUGAAGAAGAAAACUUACCGAAACAAGUUGAUGAUUUGGGAAGUCAGUUCACAGAGAUUUUCAUUAAACAGCAAGAAAAUGUUACUCUCUUGUUGACUCUGGUGGAGGAAUUUGAUUUCCAUGUUCGUUGGCCUGGAGUGAAGCUACUUACAUCGCUUUUAAAGCAGCAAGGACCUCAAGUGCAGCAGAUAAUUCUUGUCAGCCCUAUGGGUGUUUCCAGACUGAUGGAUUUACUUGCAGACUCUAGGGAGGUUAUACGAAAUGAUGGAGUCUUGUUGUUACAGCAACUGACAAAAAGUAACGCAGCCAUACAGAAGAUUGUUGCCUUUGAAAAUGCCUUUGAGAGACUUCUGGAUAUCAUAACAGAAGAAGGAAACAGCGAUGGAGGUAUAGUAGUGGAAGACUGUCUCCUCCUCUUACAAAACUUGUUGAAGAAUAAUAAUUCCAAUCAGAAUUUCUUCAAAGAAGGUUCAUACAUUCAGCGUAUGAAGCCUUGGUUUGAAGUCGGAGAUGACAACUGUGGGUGGUCUGCGCAGAAAGUAACUAAUCUUCACCUGAUGCUGCAGCUUGUGCGGGUACUCGUGUCUCCCACCAAUCCUCCUGGUGCCACCAGCAGUUGUCAGAAGGCGAUGUUUCACUGCGGGUUGUUACAGCAGCUCUGCACGAUCCUGAUGGCGACCGGAGGUCCUGCUGAUAUCCUGACAGAAACCAUUAAUACCGUAUCAGAGGUCAUUCGAGGAUGCCAGAUGAACCAAGACUACUUUGCCUCUGUAAAUGCACCUUCUAAUCCACCAAGGCCUGCGAUUGUAGUACUUCUGAUGUCCAUGGUAAACGAAAGGCAGCCUUUUGUGCUACGCUGCGCAGUUCUCUACUGUUUCCAGUGCUUUUUAUACAAAAACCAAAAAGGACAAGGAGAAAUCGUUUCAACGCUUCUGCCAUCUACCAUUGACGCUACAGGUAACUCUGUCUCAGCUGGUCAGCUGCUCUGUGGGGGCCUUUUUUCCACGGACUCUCUCUCAAACUGGUGUGCCGCUGUGGCCCUGGCUCACGCGUUACAGGAAAACGCCACGCUGAAAGAACAGCUCCUGAGAGUGCAGCUGGCGACAAGCAUCGGCAACCCGCCGGUGUCGCUGCUCCAGCAGUGCACCAAUAUCCUCUCCCAGGGCGAUAAGAUCGACAGACGGGGCAGCAAAGUACAGACCCGGGUUGGACUACUGAUGUUGCUGUGCACUUGGCUAAGCAACUGCUCGAUCGCUGUCACCCACUUCCUUCACAACCCAGCCAACGUACCUUUCCUCACAGGGCAGAUAGCUGAAAACCUUGGAGAAGAGGAGCAGCUCGUCCAAGGCCUGUGUGCACUUUUGCUUGGCAUUUCCAUCUACUACAAUGACAAUUCCCUUGAAAAUUAUAGGAAAGAGAAGCUGAAACAGCUGAUUGAGAAGAGGAUUGGCAGGGAGAACUUCAUUGAGAAGCUUGGCUUCAUUAGCAAACACGAACUUUAUUCCAGAGCUGCUCAGAAGCCACAGCCUAGUUUUUCUAGCCCAGACCACAUGAUGUUUGAUCAUGAGUUCACCAAGCUCGUGAAGGAAUUGGAAGGUGUCAUAAGUAAAGCUAUUUACAAGUCCAGUGAGGAAGAUAAAAAGGAGGAGGAGGUGAAGAAGACAUUGGAACAGCAUGACAACAUUGUGACUCACUACAAAAAAGUCAUUAGAGAGCAGGACCAGGAGCUUGAAGAAUUAAAACAACGAAUUAACACUUUAACAUCUCAAAACGAACAGCUCCAAGCAACAGUUACACAGCAAGUGUCGCAGAUCCAACAGCAUAAGGACCAGUAUAAUCUCCUUAAAGUACAGCUAG